AUGCUCCACCAGAAAGGCGGCACCGACCAGGACCCGUGCCAGCUCUCCUCGGGCCACCAGGGCUGGACACGGCCCAGCUCCAGCAGUGCCACCCCCGAGAGCUGUCACCACCCCGGCACCCUCAGCCACGACACCGAGGGCUCCUGCCAGAGCCCACCCCAGGGCUGCCCGGCCCAGCCCGGCUGCUGCCCGGCCCCGCAGAGCUGCAAGCCCCGGCGGCGGGUGGAGGUGAGCCCGGUGCCCCCCGUGUGCCCCCCGCCCGUGAAAAUCCACCGCCGGCCGCUGGAGCAGCACCGCCCGUGCCCGCCCUGCCCGGAGCCCCAUUCCUGCGGGAAGCCUCGCCGGAGAGUGGAGCAGAGUCCUGAGCGCGAUGAGGAGCCCCCGGUGGUCCUGCAGCCCCUGCCUCUGCAGCAUCGCUGCCCCCGGCCCCUGCCCUGCUGCCCCCGGCCCCUGCCAUGCUGCCCCCGGCCCCUGCCCUGCUGCCCCCGGCCCGUCCAGCGCUGCUGCCGGGCCGCUGUCCCCCUGCCACCGCAUCCCGGCCAGCAGCAGCAGAAACAGCUCACCCUGGUGCCGCUCUGCGUGAAGAACUGA